GUCACGCAAUUUGCGAUUUUGCGGUUGCGAUUUUCGUAUUAUUUUUAGAGGUCUGAGAUUUCUAAGGUCACGAUUUCAGUUCUUUUCAUCCUGUGAUCGGACUUCUUUGCAUCCCUCAGUAUGUCUUUGUAUGUCUUUGAAUGUCUUCAAAGAGCCUUUUAUUUUUGUCUUUGACCGCGAGAGACGGGGCGGUGCACACGCGUGGCGACCGCGAGAACACUGGGUAUGGUUGGGUAACAACAUGGCGGGCGUAGCACGAAGUUGGUGCGGAUUUGCAAAGUUCAAAGGAGUUUCGCGGACCGUUGGUAGAUUGUAUUUUAGUACUGAUCUUACAAAAACAGAUCGUCUUAUCGAAAGGGUGAAAAGGUUCGUCUUUGGCGAGAAAGCACCGCCUGAAGAAAAGGAAACAGUUGAGAGUUAUUAUCAACUGGUCAAGGCUGAGGAUCCGUCAGUAUACAGUAUGGAGACGCACGAAAUUGUGAAUAAACUUGAACACAUUGUCACAGAAGCUAUACCUAACAUCCAGGAAUGGCAGAAUCAGUCAGUCCAAGACCUUGUUGUCAAAUAUAAGGUUCUUAACAGAUGUUAUGAAGAGUUUGGUCUUCUGGUACCCAAUUUCCAGUUAAACGAAAUGAACACUGUUGAGGAUGUCAUCAAUUUUUACACAUCAGUAAAGCCUAAGGACACCAGAACAUUUAAAUCAAUUGACACAUGCAAUUUACCACCUAAUUUAUCCAUUGGUGGAAGCUUGCCCUUUAAAAAUGUGUCCACAUAACAUCAACAUACAGUCUUGUCAAGAUUCCAUUCAUAAAAAAUAGUUGUUAAGUGAAAUAACAAAAAUUAUCUCUGUCUCAUGGAUGGUCAUGGAGUCAAGUUCAACUUUAGUGUUUUUUUUUAGAAUAAAAUUGAUUGUUUGAUUGA